AUGGAGGCGACAUACUAUCGUGAUGUACUCAGCGAAAUGGGAGAGGGUGUUGUUCGUACUUCAGUGAUUCAUACCGCUCCUGCUUGUACAAGUAUUCUUGACUCAGAAAGUGAUGAUGAAGCGAAAAAUCUUCUGCCUACUUCCAGGCAUUCAGCAGAAGAACAGUGGCAUCCCAUUGGUGAAUCCUGGCGCAACGAACAACUUCGUUUAUCGCUUGAAAGAGGGAGCACUAAUCUUCUUGUUUUUCCUUAUUGCGAGUCCUCUCCACAUGGCGAGAGAGGAUAUGAAGCUGUCGAACAUGAUUUUUCUCGAAUCGAAAGCAUUAAAAGAAAUCACGGGUUUUGUUUUGACUUCUUUUCCAGACAUCGUCGUGGGAACUUGGAAAAUCGUCAACUGCAAGUUCGAUGCAUAGGCAUGUCGGCUUCAUUCAUUGAGCGCUUCAACAAUUCAUUCCGGAAGUCACCUUACCAUUGUUAA